GCAAUUGAAAAUCGUGACUUCACUAUUCGUUCAUCUCUAGACGAAAUUGUACCCGUUACUUGAGCGGCAAUUUUUUAUUUCGCAAUUAAUUUCCAAUAAUCAUGUCGGACCGUGCGGCUAAAAGUGAUAUGCAAAGUGCACUGUCGGAACUGAGUGCUGAUCUUCAAGAUCAAGACGAUAACUAUGUCGUUUGUCCUUACGACAAAGUUCAUCGCAUAUUGCCUUCCCGUUUGGCCUUACACUUAAUCCGUUGUGCUAGAAAUAAUUCUAGUAUUAAAUUGGUCCGCUGUCCGUUCAACACCACCCAUAUGCUGAAGCCCGAUGAAUUACAGGAACAUGUAGCUAGCUGUGAGUUUCGUAAGGUUUAUGCUCGCUUCAAACAUGCCGACAUGUUGCCGCCAACAGAACCACGUGCCCCAGCGACUGAUGUCGUCGAUUCGAGUGAAAACUGGGAUGAGGAGCCACCAGUUCCUACUUAUGAUCCACAAGCCUAUUGUGUAAGGAACCCAGUUAUUCGUUAUAUGCACGGUGGUUCUGCGUCUCAGCGCCGAGACUUUCGCAACAGCGAACGCAUCCGUUUGAAUAAAUUUAAAUGAUUCAUAAUUUAGUUUAAGUAUGAAGAUAAUUAUUAAUGUAUGGGUGACCCCAAAACGAUGGUAAAAAUAUUAAGUUUUACUUUUAAAUAUA